AUGCUGCCCAAAGUACCCACAAACCACGGAGGCCAAGGCCGAAAAUACACAGAUGAUGUGGACAGCAAUGAUGAAGGAGGGCCAGACGGCAGUCCUGUGGAGGAGGAGGCCUGGUUUGGGAAUGCUUCUGACUCGCGUUCAGAGUCGUCAUCCUAUGGAGACACCCAGGAUGAACUCCUCCCACCCAGGGGCUCUUCUCCUGAUGAAGGACCCGGAGUCAGCACUGGGGACCAUGAUACCUGUGGAGGCGAGAGCUCGGUGGGUUGUUCCACACCUGUCCAUCGUGCCUCUUUAAAACUUCUUGGACUGGAUGGAAGUGCGUUCUCGGCCCAUGACACGCUAUCCUCUGUGGUAUCAUCACUGUACGGUGAAGCAGCGUCUCGUGCUCUGGGAAAACCCCUCAGCAGUAACCUUCGUCGCCUCCUAGAGGCCGGGUCACUGAAACUUGACACUGGGGAGCUCCUGAGUCGCUCAUCCAGGGGAGGUGCUGGAGGGGAUUCUCCUCCAAUUGGUCUCGCCCCACCAUUGACCCUCUCCCCAUCUUCCCACCAUGCCCACCAGUUAAGUGCUCUUGCCCGAAAACUGGCCAAUAACAAUAACAACAGUGGCUCAGCCUCACCAGCCUCAUUGGCACCCUCAGUCACCAACAUUAAGCAGGAGCCUCAUGACCCCUUUAACUCGGUCACCCCUAGCAAUGGCAGUGGCUUUGUAUGGGCAGGUGUUGCAGAUAAAUGGCCGCCGGCCAGCUGCACCACACCGUGCAGCUCUAGCCUAUCUCCGGACUCUGCUAUCCAGAAGUUAAAAGCAGCAGCAAAUGCUGUACUUCAAGACAAAAAUGCCGUGGCCGCCUCGUCAACAACGUCCUCUUCCACCUCGGCCUCAUCCGCAGUGCCAGCCCUUGGAGGGGGUGGUCGAGGAGACGAUGUGGUGCGCUUUGAUGCCUUCAACUCUCCGUUCAGCCCACAGUCAGCUAGCUCGACCCUCGCUGCACUUUCCAAGAAAGUCAGUGAGCGAAGCCAAGCCUCGUCGACGGCAAGUGCUGCUACUGACCACCAAGGCUCAGCAAGUUCUUUUCUCUCACUCGUGUCAAUGACCUCCUCUGCUGCCUUGCUUAAAGAGGUGGCAGCCAGGGCAGCGGGAAACCUGCUGGCAGAGAAGAAGGAAGGUUCCCCUUUGGCGACAUCUGGGAUCCUCCAAGAGGAUGUCAAGCCCCUGCUGGACAAGAACCAGAAGGCCCCCACGCCAUCUACACCUACUCAGAGCCUAGAGUUGCUGUUGCCUUCGACUCCAAAGGGCAGAGGAAAACCCAGCAGCCAAGCAGGUUCUCCUGAGGAUGGGGGAAAACCGUUCCAGUGUCCGGUGUGUGGCCUGGUCAUCAAACGCAAGAGCUACUGGAAGAGACACAUGGUCAUCCACACAGGCUUAAAAAGCCACCAGUGUCCCCUGUGUCCCUUCCGCUGUGCUCGCAAAGACAAUCUCAAGUCCCACAUGAAGGUACAUCAGCACCAGGACCGGGGUGAGACAUUUCAGUGCGAACUUUGCCCCUUCACCUCCUCCCGUCACUUCAGCCUGAAGCUUCACAUGCGCUGCCACCAGCACUUUCCCCGCACAGAUGUCAAGGUGAAAGAGGAGCUCACCACCGACACGGAGGGCGAGGGCUCCCUGAUGGGUGACAGCGGCUCGGUGGACCUGGGAGGCAUGGAGGCAUCCCCGGUGCACUCAGACUCUCAGCAGCAGACGUCUCCUCCGGCCGAGGUGUCCUCCAAUCAUGUCCACAUCAAGGAAGAGCCGCUGGAGAGAGACCUGUCCGUGCUCUCCCCCUUUAGCAUCUGCAGGGAACGUCCCAGCAGUAGUGCCAACUCCCUGGACCUACCUGGAGUUGGGGUCGGAGUCGGGGUCAGAUCAAGUCCCAGUGGUCUAACCACGGCCUCCCUCUUCAGCCCUGACAUCUCCACCAAGACAGCAACUGACCUGCUUAUGAAGCUAUCAGCGGCCAACCAGAGGGAGACGCUCAAGUCUCCAUUCUACCUGAAGGAAGAGCCCAAGGUAGAAGAAGCGCUGAGCCCCAGACCGUCCUCCCGGUCCAAGAGCCAGGUCCAGCCAAGCUUCCCUGCGUCUUUUUGCCAGGAUGGAUUGACCGGGGUUUCAACAGUCAUAGAACGCCCAGGGCUGCUGAAACCAAGGGAAGGAAGCCCAAUGGCUAAAAACAGCUUGCUGAGCCAGGACAUCAACAUCAAGGUGGCCUCUGAGCUGCUGAUGAAGCUUUCAGAAAACAACAAAGAUUCCCAGUACCAGAGGGUGAAAGUAAAGGUGGAGCCCAUGGAGGUGGACCCGCCACCAGCAGAACUCACCUCACCUGUCUCUCACCUGCUGGCCUUCAGCACUUUAGGGACGUGUGAGAAGAGUGAGCCAAUGAGUAACCUCCCUGAGACGUUGGCCCGUCCCCAGAAAGAUCUCUUCUCCCAGGACAUAUCGGUCAAAAUGGCCUCAGAACUACUGUUCAAAUUGUCAGAAAAAGUCAGCAAAGCCAACAACCACAGAGACAGUAACAUGGUGGGAAUAAGCAGUCCGUUCUUGGAUGAGUGCUUCAGACAAUCACCCUUUAACCUGCGCUCCAAGAGCUCUUCUCCCGCAGAGGCCAGCUCCUCGACCAGGGCAGUAUUCCAUGAUUCAGAAAAGGAUGAUGGUGAGCCAGGGAACGGGAUCGCUCAGUGGAGACUAAAUGAACAGCUCUUUCCCUGUCCGGUCUGUGGCAAGGUGUUUGGACGACAGCAGACUCUUUCUCGACAUCUGUCUCUACACACAGAAGAGAGGAAGUACAAGUGUCACCUGUGUCCUUACGCCGCCAAGUGCAGGGCUAACCUCAAUCAGCACCUGACCAUCCACUCUGUCAAGCUGGUCAACACGGACGCUGAGCAGAUCGUCAGCGCCGUCACAGCCGACUCUGCUGAGCGCAAGAACUGCCCCUACUACUACAGCUGCCAUGUGUGUGGUUUCCAGACGGAGCUGAACGCCCAGUUUGUCAGCCACAUGUCGCUCCAUGUGGACAAGGAGCAGUGGAUGUUCUCACUCUGCUGCAGCGUCUGUGACUACGUCUGCAUGGAAGAGAAUGACAUGAAGAGCCACAUUAGUACUGGACAUGCAGGUUUAAAUUCAAGAAGUCCCCUCAGUGAGACCAAGAGCACUUCCUCGUCCCUCUCGGCCCUCAGCGAUUCACUCAACAGUUCGGAAGGUGGAGACCUCGCCCACGGUAACGAAGAACUCAAGAGCCUGCUGGCCCCGCCCUCCUCCACCGGCAGCCAGUCCAGCUCCGGAAGCCACUCGGGAUCAGGAACUGAGGACAAGUCUGACAAAGGCUUUGAGUGCGUCUUCUGCAACUUUGUGUGCAAGACGCGCGGCAUGUACGAGCGGCACCUCCAGAUCCACCUCAUCACGCGGAUGUUCGAGUGCGACGUCUGCCACAAGUUCCUCAAGACGCCCGAGCAGCUGCUGGAGCACAAGAAGUGCCACACCGUCCCCUCCGGAGGGCUCAAGUGCCCUUUCUGCAUCUACUCCACCAAUCGUCCAGCGGCCAUGGAGUGCCACCUUAAGACGCACUGCAAGAUGGAGUACCGCUGCCGCAUCUGCCAGGGACUGUGGCCCGACCAGGCUUCAUUGGAGGCCCACAUGCGCGGGCACCGCCUGGGCAACCACUACAAGUGUGAGCAGUGUGGCUACUUGUCCAAGACGGCCAAUAAGCUGAUCGAGCAUGUGCGUGUGCACACGGGCGAGCGGCCCUUCCACUGUGACCGCUGCUCCUACAGCUGCAAGCGCAAGGACAACCUCAACCUGCACAAGAAGCUGAAGCACGCGCCGCGCCAGACUUUCGGCUGCCAAGAGUGCCCUUUCACCACGACUCACCCUUUUGUCUUCAGCCGCCACCUCAAGAAACACCAGAGUGGAGGAGCGGGGGGACUGGACGAAGGCUUAGGAGGAGAGGAGGAAGAAGACGAGGAGGCAGGAGAGGAGGAGCUGCCUUUCGAGGGAACAUCGCCGGGGGGCUCGUCGUUGCAGAAGAGUCACGAGAAGUUCCUGUUCGGCGGAGGAGGAGGAGGAAGCAGCGGAGGGAGUGGGAGUAACAGCCCCCUCAUGAGUCUGACAGCAUCCCAGGCGCUCCAGUCCGUUGCCCUGUCAUUCACACUGGGCAAAUCCAAACACCUGGACGCCAAAGGUCCUCUGCACCGCUUGGUCAACACCACAAGGAACCCCGGCAGCUCGAGCAGCAUCAGCCCCUCCCUCUUCCUCCCCUCCUCCCGCCACAUGUUCGAGCAGUACAGGAACUGCGACCGGGCGCACCUGAUCCCCCUCACCACCCUGUUCACCCACAACAGCCGCUUCACAUUCCACUCGCACCUCCACUCCAGAUGGCGGCCCGCCACAACUCCUCUCCUCUUCUCCUCCAACUCGGCCUCCCCCUCCCGCUCUCCCCCCUCACCCACCUCCCACAAACACUCCUUCCUGGCCUACCUGGGACUGAUGGAGAGGGCCAAGACUGUUUGACCUCGCCCACCUCCUCCUCUCCUCUCCUCGCUCGUUCCCUCACUUCUCGGACGGUGGCGUGAAUGACACUAGACCACUGCAUCGGGAGCAACAUCUUUUCCAAUCAGACCAGCAGAAUAAGCUGGACCAGACAAACUUAUUAAAGAAAAGAGGAAAAAAAAACAUUUAUAAGAGAAUAAGGCUGUACAUGCUAAAAAUGCAUUUAUAUCAAAAAGCUGCUUUUCUUAUCAGUUCUAUCAAUUGAAUUAUUACUACUUCAGCUACUACUCUCUAUUACCUUUUUGUUUUCUGUUUUGAAAAGUCUGAAUGACCUGGACCCAGUUGCAUUAUCUAAGGAAACUAACAUAUCUCAGUUUUAUAGAUCUUUUUUUCUUUAGUCGUUUGAUGAGAUAAAAAGUCGAAAAAGAAGAAACAAAACUUGCAAAUGCUACAUUUUAGUGCAUUUUUGUCUAUUGCUAAUAUGCAUCGAAAUAGCAUGCCUGUUUCUGUGUUCCAACUAGCUUUGACGUCAUUAGGAAGCUAAAGUCGAGAUAUCCUGAAGUGUUAGCGGUGUGACCGAACCAAUGAAACGGCAUGCUUUUCAUUGGAAAAGGCACGUUUCCAAAGCAACGCCUCAAACCACGCACUUACCUUAUUUAUCAAUCUUGUACAAAGUUUUGUAGCCCCUCCCAUCUAUUUGAUUUCUGUUGGUCUUUUGUAUAAUGGUGAAACCAUAUUAUGCAUAGCUGCUGCCUGAUAUCACUUCUGUCUCAGAACAUUUCUUAUUUUCAAGGGUUACAAGCUCAUUUAAUUUUUUUUUUUGGUCUAAGCUAAUAGAACAGAAAAUAAGCUGUGAUUAUGUAAGUAUUCAAAUCUGUAAAUUGAAUAUAUUCAAAAAGACCCAACAGCGCAAAGAAACAUUUUUAUUUCUAACAAUUAGACUUAUUAUAAAUGUUAAAUCCCUCAGACAACAAAUACGCCAUAAUGUUCUUCUGAGACCGAGUGGAUAUCAGCGCAGGUUCUUAUGCAGAACUGCGUCUCACGCACCUGUACUUAGAAGAGAUAUAUGAGAUAACUGUUUUGUGGUGGUGACCGGUGUGGGUCAGCGAGCUGCCCACAGCCACGGUCACCACAGGCCGAUUCAAUGGUGCUUUUUUGAGCUUUUUGUAAUUUUUUGUGUACAAAAAAAUAGAAAAAAAAUCUGUUCCAAAAUGA